AUGGCGGCGGCGGCGGCGCCCGCGCACCCCCCGCCCGGCGGCGCGGAGGGAGCGGCGGCGGCGGGCGCGGCCGUGCUGCGGCGGCUGGAGCAGCUGGCGCUGGUGGAUUUCCGCGACGCGGAGGGCGUGGAGCGGCUGCGGGAGGCGGUGCGGUUCGCGGAGCGGCUGCGGGAGGUCGGCGCGGAGGGAGUGGAGCCGAUGGACUCGGUGCUGGAGGACAGGCGUCUCUAUCUCAGAGAGGAUGAUGUUACAGAAGGCAACUGCGCAAAAGAGCUGCUGAAAAACGCCAGCCAGAAAAUAGAGGACUAUUUUGUAGCCCCACCAGGUAACAUCCCUUUACCAAAGACAGAAGAAAAAGAGACUUUUCUGCAGUGAUCUUAAUGAAAAUCAAGAACCAAAUUGCCAUUUUAAUAUUUUAUUUGGGGAAACAAGGGUUGUGCUGCCACAGCUGAAAUACUGUGGUGCAUAUUUUGAUCAGAAAAAAAACACUUGUAUUGCUAAAUUUUUACACCUUCCUUCUGUAAAAUAUCUUGCUAUUGAAAUAUAUUCAAUGUUUGUGAAGCUGAAAGGCAUCAUGAAGUCUAGACAGAUGUCCUUAGUGCUUGUAUUUAUUAAAGUGCAUCCAUGUUAAUCUUUAAGAUACUGAAUGGCUUAAAGGCUUCAAAGAGAAUAUUAAGCAUGAUGAUUAAAAUAAAAUCCAAGCACUAUUUUGUUUUCGUGACAAAGAAUAAACUCCAUGUAUUUGCAUUA